GGUUUUGCUGCCGGACAGAAUGAUUGUGGGAAUUGCCUCCAUCUUGAUUCUGGGGCCGUGGUCGGUAUCGUCACCUGUGAUGUCAUCAUCAUCACUCUGCUGAUCGCUGGCAUGGCCUUCUGGGUGUCCAACAAAGUGCAGAAGAAGAAGUAUGAUGAAAAAUUGCAGCAGAAAAGUGUUGCGGAGAACGCCGACCACACCUACGAGCAUUUGCGUGGACAGCAGACGGACAUCUAUACUGACAUCAACACGAUAAACAAUCACAAGUAA